ACCCUCUUUAUCACGUAUUCGACGAAGCGCCCCCAUGUUGAUGAUGGUGGUGGAGUGCUCGCCGGAGAUUCUCCGGCUGAGUCACGGAGAAGGCGCCACGUCCUCCGGCGCCUUUGCUGCCCAUGCUGGAGAUUCUUCUCGACGAUUUCUUGUCUCCCCCGACGCUGAUGAUGUCGUCGGCGGCCUCAUCUCCGACCUCGAGUCCUCCUCCGUGGAGUCCCAGCGCCGUGCCGCCAUGGAGCUGCGCCUCCUCGCCAAGCACAGCGCCGAUAACCGCCUCCGCAUCGCCCGCGCCGGCGCCAUCGCGCCGCUCGUCGCCCUCCUCUCCCACCCGGAUCCUCUUCUCCAGGAGCACGGCGUCACCGCCAUCCUCAACCUCUCCCUCUGCGACGACAACAUGGAGCUCAUCGCGGCCGCGGGAGCCGUCCGCCACCUCGUGCGUGCGCUCCGCUCGGGCACCCCACAGGCCCGCGAGAACUCCGCCUGCGCCCUCCUCCAUCUCGCCCAGACCGAUGACCACCGCGCUUCGAUCGGCCGCGCCGGAGCCAUCCCGCCCCUCGUCGCGCUCCUGGAGACCGGCGGCGCCCCAGGAAAGAAGGAUGCGGCGACGGCCCUCUUUUCCCUCCUGGCGGCCGAUGAAAACAAGCUGCGGGCGGUGGAGGCAGGGGUGGUGCGCCUCCUGCUGGAUCUCAUGGCCGAUCCACAGUCCGGCAUGGUGGACAAAGCGGCGUACGUGCUCUACCAGGUCGUAUCGUCGCCGGAUGGUCUGGCAGCCGCAGUGGAGGAGAGCGCGAUCCCAGUUCUGGUGGAGAUGGUGGAAUCCGGCAGCCGGCGGCAGAAGGAUCUGGCAAUGCUGUCUCUCUUGGAGAUUUGCGAGGCGAGCGCCGCCUACCGGAGGAUGGUGGUACGCGAGGGCGCCAUUCCGCCGCUCAUCGCCCUCGCCCAGAACGCCUCCAAGAAGAAUAUGAAGCAGAAGGCGGAGGCGUUGGUCGAGCUCUUGCGGCAGCCGACCGGACCAUCAACCUCUGCAGCCCGAUAGGAGUAGGAAAACAGCCAGGGUGUCAUUGUAAAUAUAAAACAAUCAGUGUGUUAUUGUAAAUACAAAAACAGAGUGCGAGAUUAGUGCACGAA